AUCACACCUCGUAUUAGUUCUAUUUUGAAGGAGGUGACCACUAUGAUAUGUGUGUGUGUAUACACUUGGUCUGAAGAAUUAAAUACAGUGUUCGAGAUAGGAUCAAUUAUCACAUAGCAUCUGUGAGAACCAGUUAGUUACUAGUUCUAUCUAUAUGAUCUGUCUGUACUUUAUAAGAUUAGCUUUAAGUAGAUAUCGCUCAGCUUGACUAUUGUAGUCAGUACAAAAUAUUGUUAUAAAUAAACAGUAAAUCAAGAUCAUGUCAUAGUGUCCUCAUAGCAACAGUAGUGACUAAAGAAGAUGGGCUUAUUAUUUCGGACAACAUCGAGUGACCAGUGGGCAGAGUCUUUAAUGCGGACACAUUAAGAUCUUUCAGUCAAUCAAAUCUGAUGGCUCCUUGGAAAUACAGGAUUGGACUUGUUUGUUUUUCUCUUAUCUGUUUAAAUAUAGCCUCCCCGUGUUCCUGGUCUAAUGAAGGUUGUACUCAAGACACUGAUUGUUGCAGUCACUCUUGCCAUCGUGCACAUGAAGGAACCAAUCCAAGAUGUAGACACAGUACACUAGGCGAGAGGUGCGUCUUCAACUACCACUGUCAGGACACACUGACCUGUGGCCCUCACUAUAACUGCUGUUCACCUUAUUGGAAGAUAUGCAUGAAAGAUUCAGACUGUUGUGACGAGGAACACGUAUGCAGGCUGGUGGAAGGAUUCUACUACAAGCGAUGUCUGUUUCCUUCAGGACUGGCCACUCCAAGAGCUCCUUGUUCUACGCACUUAAUCAUGACCUCCAUUGUGCUGGGGCAUUGGAUGGCUCAAUCUAUCGCUUCUUCUUGGAACAUAUGACAAGAAACAAAAAAAGUAACAUAAGAUAAAGAAUCUAAAACUUUGUCUACUGACGACGGCUUCAAAGCACAAAAUAAUUGCUGAAACAAGCUCUUCCUUUUUUCUUUCCAUUGUUACUUUACAAGUCCAACACAGUCUUUAAAAGUCAGACAAUAACUUUGAAGAUUUGAGCAAUCAGGACAGUCAAAAGUAAUUUGACUAUUUACUGUGAAGUACAUGACAAUCAAACACGACUCAAAAAUAAAAUGCUUGCUGACACCUUAUUGGUGAAAGUCCAUUAUGCUGGCAAGCUAAUCGCACUUCGUAUGUUUCCAUUAAGAAACUGGUCAAUGUAAUCAGACAGAGCAUCUCUCAUUGUUCGAACCUUUCCAAGCAUUGGAUUAGAACUAGAGAUCACCUCAUUGGUUGAUAGUGAAUAGUUAUACAGUCUUGUUAGUUUUGUUCCAUUGUAAUUAAAUACAUGAAUGAACCUAA